UCCCUUAUGAAUCCACCGGAGAACCUCGGUUACUGGAACAAGGUGAACAAAGGUGACAGGAAUCACCCAAAGGACCCAGUCGUGAGUAGACUCCAAUGAAGAGCCCAACAUGGAGGCAUUCAAGCAGCAGAAGGUGGAGGACUUUUAUGACAUUGAGGAGGAGCUGGGAAGCGGCCAGUUCGCCAUCGUGAAGAAGUGCCGGGAGAGGAGCACCGGGCUCGAGUACGCAGCGAAGUUCAUCAAGAAGCGGCAGAGCCCGGCCAGCAGGCGGGGCGUGCGCAAGGAGGAGAUCGAGCGGGAGGUGAGCAUCCUGCGGCAGGUGCUGCACCCCAACAUCAUCACGCUGCACGACGUCUACGAGAACCGUACCGAUGUGGUGCUCAUCCUCGAGCUAGUGUCUGGAGGAGAGCUCUUCGACUUCCUGGCCCAGAAGGAAUCACUGAGUGAGGAGGAGGCCACCAGCUUCAUUAAGCAGAUCCUGGAAGGGGUGCAUUACCUUCACACCAAGAAGAUUGCGCACUUUGAUCUCAAGCCAGAAAACAUCAUGUUGUUGGACAAGAAUAUUCCCAUUCCACAUAUCAAGCUGAUUGACUUUGGCCUGGCUCAUGAAAUCGAAGAUGGAGUUGAGUUCAAGAACAUCUUUGGGACGCCAGAAUUUGUUGCUCCAGAAAUCGUGAACUACGAGCCCCUGGGGCUGGAGGCUGAUAUGUGGAGCAUAGGCGUCAUCACCUAUAUCCUCCUAAGUGGAGCCUCCCCUUUCCUGGGAGACACGAAGCAGGAAACACUGGCAAAUAUCACAGCAGUGAGUUACGACUUCGAUGAGGAAUUCUUCAGCCAGACCAGUGAGCUGGCCAAGGACUUCAUUCGGAAACUUCUGGUUAAAGAGACCCGGAAGCGACUCACAAUUCAAGAGGCUCUCAGGCACCCCUGGAUUACGUCGGAUCGCGAAGUCAGAGCCCCCGAACAGCAGAAGGCAGAGCCCACCCAGCUGAAGACCAAGCGCCUGAGAGAGUACACCAUCAAAUGUCACUCCAGCAUGCCCCCCAACAACACCUACAUCAAUUUUGAGCGCUUUGCCCGAGUGGUCGAGAACGUGGCGGUGGUGGACCAGGGGUGCCGCUCCCUGGCGGGGGCCCAUGACACUCUCCAAGAUGAUGUGGAGGCUUUGGUCUCCAUCUUCAAUGAGAAGGAGGCGUGGUACCGAGAGGAGAGUGAGAGCGCUCGCCACCACCUGUCCCAGCUGAGGUACGAGUUCCGCAAGGUGGAGGCCUUGAAGAAGCACCUGUGUGAAGACAUUGGGGCCACGGGUUCCAGCCUUAGGAUCGUGGCUAGGAAACUGGACCACCUGCAGGCACAGUUUGAGGACCUGAGGCAGGAGCUCUCGGCAGACCUACAGUGGAUCCAGGACCUGGUGGGCAGCAUCCAGCUGGAGAGCGGGCACCCAAAUGGCCUGGACCCCAGUGCGUCCCUGACAGAGCUGCUCAACGGAAUGUGCAGUGAGGAGCUCCUGCCCGGCUUGAAGUUCUGAGCCCCAGAAGCAAGCCAGGAACCAGGCAUCCUCAGUGGUUUGCAGAAGCAUCCAGCUAGGAUGACCCUGAGGGCUCCGGUUAACCAUUCAUUCUGCCCUUCCCCUCAGGACUGAGCACUGGCAGGGCAGCCAGGCUUUUUAAAGCAGUUAGAGAAUGAGCCCUCCUCUGUGGAAACUGUAGCCUUCCCUGCUCCCGAGGGAGGCAUGCUAGCCUUGGGGAGAUGCCUGAUCAUUGAUUUGAGAUGAUAAAUCUGUACACUGUCCCACUACUCGCCCACCCACCUUAUGGAUUGCAGCCCUUGGGUGCUAUUUGUCAUAAUGGUUAAGUCAGCUUGGAGUUUUCCUGCUGCAGAAGCCAGGAUUAAAAAUGAACACAGAAAGUAAUAUGACUUUUCAUUUGCAUUGACUUUUUCACUUACCAAACCCUGUCUGCCAGCAGCCUCAUCCAAGCCUUAGAAUUAGAGCUCUGACAUAGGAAGGUAGGUAUUCUUAUAUUUCCACAGGCAGGUGAGGAAGUCAACUCCAGGUGUGCCUACAGCAAGUCAGUGUGCAUGGAACAGGAACGCAGGGUGUCUUGUGCUAAGAUGAGAUCUAUGGGAAGAAACAGAAAGCUUGCUUAGCUAUAAAUAUCAACCUUCAUUAUUAGAGUUCAGAUCCCAGAGACUCAGUAAGUAACCUCGUGCUGUUUGUCAGGUGAAUGCCAUGGACCUUUAGUCAAUUGCCCCAAGAACCGUGUCCUGGAAGGUGAAGUUCAUUGUUCCAUCCCUGUCACCGUGCAGGGCAGGGAGGGAGGCAGCAACAUAGCCCUCUUCUCCACCUCUUCCCUCAUUCAUCAGUGGCAACCAGUGACAUCAACUGUAGGGUACAGAGGGGGUGGGCCAUGCCGAGUGACCCUGUCAGUGUGACAGCAACGUGACCGUCGAUAAAGUGUUUGGGCAAUGUUCCAACAGAUACUUAUUAUUUUUUAUACAGCAGUCUCUCUAGUUAUAACAACAGAAAAAUUUUCAUGAGCCCAGCUUACAUGCCCAAACUCUAUGCUCAUCACCUGUUUGAACAUCCUAAAGUGGUCAGCGCUGUCAUCAUUACCCAGUGAUAAGGAUGCUUUGAAUCACAAGGUUCUGCAUGUGCUGUAAGCACUCGCUGUUCUCUGCUGCUGGGGUUUUAUAGUCACCGAGUUGUGUCAAAUGUUCUGGUGUUUCAGCUACAGUUUUGUGUUCAUUAGAAUUUUUUCUAAUAACUUUUUUUGAGACUGAAGCAGUAAUUAUUUUUUAAAUCAUUUUAUUGGGGGCUCAUACAA